UCUAGUAAAAUCAAUGAUACUCCCUACAAUCUCACGGCAGACGCGACCCUAUCUUCUUGUCGCACGCGUUGUGCCCAUAACCAUGAAUUACGCUGCUGCAGCCGGCGGGUCUAGAGGACCCCCAAAACAGUUUCCACAGCAACACGAUAAUCCUGCAACGCAGGCAGUAUCAAGGACCAAUGGGCGUGCCCAAAAACCCACAAGUCCUCGUCGACGGAGUCCAGAAGGCCAUGGACAAGGAAACAGAAGGAUCGAGCAUGUGACUCGCGAAGAGCACAAGCCAAAUACCGGGGCCGAGGAAGAGUUGGUCUACGUGCUUACACUCAAGCUGACAGACUCAUUGGCGAAACCCAUGAACCUGAUGCGCGAGCAGUACUUCCCCAAGCGUCUCAACAGGACACCUGCGCAUCUGACGCUAUUCCAUGCUCUUCCUGACUCACGAUUCGAGACAAUCGAUGGAGGACUGUCGCAGCUGUCUGCCAGUACAAAACCUUUCUUCGUCUCGAGUGGAAAGGCAUUUCGAAUGCGCCUCGGGGUGGGCAUUAAUGUUGGCAAGGGGUACAACAGGAUGAAGCAGGUCCAUGAAGACUUGAGAGAGCAAUGGAUGCCUCAUCUCAGCGAGCAGGACCAGGGAGGGUGGAAACCGCACUGGACAGUCAUGAACAAGGUCAACGAGGAGAAGAAGGUUGACGAGGCAUUCCACGCGGUCGAGAAGGAGGUGCUCCAGAACGUCCGCGAAGGGCAAGCGAUUGGUCUCGACCUGUGGCGAUACGACAAGGGUAAUUGGAUCUUCGCCAAUGAGUAUAAGUUCAAGGGAUAGAACGCCGAAGAAAGGCCUUGAAGGAUUUUGUGUAACCCUCAGAGAAUGCUGUGUCAAAGGUUGAGAAGGCGUGCAAGGAAGGGGAUGUGGUUUCUGGUCGCGCCAGUUGUGGAUUGAAGACGGCCUGCAGAGCAACUUGGCACAAGAUGUGUCGGCUGGUACCCGUAAGAACUUCGGUAUGUAGCGUUAACAGUAAUGACGAGGUGGAGUGGCGAUCGGUCACAACGGAGUAACUGCGGUCAGUUUUCCAUGGCUUUUACAAUACUUGCCAUGAAGGGAAGGAUGCCAUUCACGCUCCGCGGAGGAGGCAAUCUCGAUCUGUUCAAGAUUUUGGGUGAUUCUUCUUUGGCCACAACAUCAAAGACGUCGUGGACAACCUUCCCGUAUGCGCGCGUUCCUCUCUGAUUUACGCAUCUGCUCAAGCGCACACAUAAGGCUGCGAAGUGUUCGCAGACUUUCGUACAU